AUGCAAUCUGCCACCCUUUUGAAAAGAUCUAUUAAUGCUUUAUCAAAGCAAUCAUUGAUCAUUGCUACAGGUAAAAGAUCAUUCCAGUCAUCUGCAAUUUUAAGAUCAGAUGCAUUGAGUAGACAUAUCGAUACAGAUGAUAAUAAUGAUCAUACACCAUUUGAUUUCACAGAAGAGAACAUGAAAAAGGUAGAUACUAUCAUUUCAAAGUAUCCACCAAAGUAUAGACAAUCAGCCAUGAUCCCUUUACUUGAUCUUGCACAAAGACAAAAUGGUGGUUGGAUUUCAUUAAAAGCUAUGGACAAGGUUGCAGAGAUUAUUGGUGUUGCACCAAUGGUAGCCUAUGAAGUUGCUUCAUUUUACACCAUGUUUAAUAGAACAAAGAUUGGAAAGAAUUUUGUUCAAGUCUGUACAACUACUCCAUGCAUGCUCAGAGGUUCAACCGAUAUCCUUAAUGCUUGCAAACAUCAUUUAAAUAUCAAUGUUGGUGAAACCACCAAAGACGAAAAGUUUACACUUGUAGAAGUUGAAUGUCUUGGAGCAUGUGUAAAUGCACCAAUGAUCUGUAUUAACGAUGACUAUUACGAAGAUCUCACACCAGAGACUAUGAAAAAUCUUUUGACACAAAUUGAAAAGAGUGAACCAACAAAGGUUGGUCCACAAAAUCACAGAAAGGCUGCUGAAGGUCCACAAGGAAAGACUACUCUUUUAGAGGCACCAACUGGUCCCAUUUGCAGAGAGGAUCUUUAA